AUGAACGUAGGCUGGAGGAAAGAGUUAAGCAAGUCUAGAGGCAAAGCUUCAGGAAAGAGGAGUAAAUGGGAAACCUUCAGAGAAGCAGCAACAAUAAUCGCUGGCCACAGGCAGGCGUUUGAAGUUUUCUCAGGCCACAAGUGCAUGACUCCAAAAAAGCGCGCCGAUGUCUUUUAAUGCACUGACGGGAGAGAAAAACGUACGCUAGCGGCGAGCACAGAAGCAGAAAAUUUAUGAUUGACCCCGGAAACAUUUUAUUUUGCGUAGGUGUCGGGAGAGCUUUCUUUUGCGAUUUGUUCCUUGAUCCGGAAGAAAAGAUAGCAAAUAUCACUUGCCAUUGGAUUGCAUCAUAAGGGUUGGGCUUUAGCGAGCCAGUCACCUUGGCAACCGGACGUGACGACCCCGGAAGACGCCCGACCGAGCUUUGCUCCAGCUAUCGGCUUCAGUGGGCGGGGCGGCAGAGCCAGACUGACGCAGUCUUCAGCACUGACCAGGCUCUGUUGGGGGCGGUGCCACCAAGGCCACGCCCCCUGCGCAUGCUCCGGCGGAGUCUGGAGAGUUGUCGUAGGCUCUAGGGGCGGAGACGCACGCCGAUUCUCUCUCAGCGUAGGGCUGUGAGGGCGCAGUCCACCGCCAGGAGCCUUCCGGUUUCUGGGCGGUGCGCGACCUCGUCCCGAAGCCUGGGGAUACACCCUCUCGAGAGCCCGCUGUCGCCCUCCGUUAAGGUCGAACCCCUCACAGUUGCUGUGGGCAACUCAAGCCCAACAUUCCCUCGCUCUGGUUCUCGCCCCAUUGAGAAACUCGGCCCCACGCUUCCCACUUUCCUGGAUGAGGUGUCCCCUUUCUCCCCACUAAAAUGUCAAAUAACCUACGGAGGGUCUUCCUGAAACCCGCAGAGGAAAAUUCAGGCAACGCCUCGCGUUGUGUUUCAGGCUGCAUGUACCAAGUAGUUCAGACGAUUGGCUCGGAUGGAAAAAAUCUUCUGCAAUUACUUCCAAUUCCUAAGUCUUCUGGAAAUCUUAUACCACUAGUUCAAUCUUCAGUCAUGUCUGAUGCUUUGAAAGGGAAUACAGGAAAACCAGUUCAAGUUACUUUUCAGACUCAGAUUUCCAGCUCUUCCACAAGUGCAUCAGUUCAAUUGCCCAUUUUUCAGCCAGCCAGUUCUUCAAACUAUUUUCUUACAAGAACAGUAGAUACAUCAGAAAAAGGUAGAGUUACUUCUGUGGGAACUGGAAAUUUUUCUUCAUCAGUUUCUAAAGUUCAGAGUCAUGGUGUGAAAAUUGAUGGACUCACCAUGCAAACAUUUGCUGUUCCUCCCUCAACACAAAAAGACUCAUCUUUUAUUGUAGUUAAUACCCAGAGUCUUCCAGUGACUGUGAAGUCUCCAGUUUUGCCUUCUGGGCAUCAUUUACAGAUUCCAGCCCAUGCUGAAGUGAAAUCUGUACCAGCGUCAUCAUUGCCUCCUUCAGUGCAGCAAAAGAUACUUGCAACUGCCACCACCAGUACCUCAGGAAUGGUUGAGGCCUCCCAAAUGCCAACUGUUAUUUAUGUAUCUCCUGUAAAUACAGUGAAAAAUGUAGUUACCAAGAACUUUCAAAACAUUUACCCAAAACCUGUUACAGAAAUAGCAAAGCCAGUAAUACUAAAUACCACACAAAUUCCAAAGAAUGUUGCUACAGAGACACAAUUGAAAGGUGGUCAGCAUUCUCAAGCUGCUCCAGUGAAAUGGAUUUUCCAAGAUAAUCUACAGCCUUUUACGCCAUCUCUUGUUCCUGUUAAGUCUUCAAAUAAUGUGGCUUCAAAGAUUUUAAAAACUUUUGUAGAUAGGAAAAAUUUGGGAGAUAAUACUAUAAAUAUGCCACCAUUGAGUACCAUCGAUCCUAGUGGGACGCGAUCCAAAAAUAUGCCUAUUAAAGAUAAUGCUUUGGUUAUGUUUAAUGGGAAAGUCUAUCUGUUGGCUAAAAAGGGGACAGAUGUUUUGCCAUCACAAAUUGACCAACAGAAUUCUGUUUCUCCUGAUACUCCAGUAAGAAAAGACACGUUACAGACAGUGAGUUCAAGUCCAGUCACAGAAAUAUCCAGAGAGGUUGUAAAUAUUGUUUUGGCUAAAAGUAAAUCUUCCCAGAUGGAGACAAAAUCACUUUCCAAUACCCAGCUUGCUUCCAUGGCCAAUCUAAGGGCAGAGAAGAAUAAAGUGGAGAAACCAUCUCCUUCUACCACAAAUCCACAUAUGAACCAAUCCAGUAACUACUUAAAACAGAGUAAGACUUUAUUCACAAAUCCAAUCUUUCCAGUUGGAUUUAGUACAGGACACAAUGCCCCCAGAAAAGUAACAGCCGUCAUUUAUGCUAGAAAAGGAAGUGUCCUCCAGAGCAUAGAGAAAAUAAGUUCCUCUGUUGAUGCAACAACUGUUACUUCACAACAGUGUGUUUUCAGAGACCAAGAACCAAAGAUCCAUAAUGAGAUGGCAUCAACAUCAGAUAAAGGUGCCCAAGGAAGAAAUGACAAGAAAGAUUCUCAAGGAAGAAGUAAUAAGGCAUUAUAUCUGAAGAGUGAUGCUGAAUUUAAAAAGAUAUUUGGCCUUACUAAGGAUUUGAGAGUGUGCCUUACUCGAAUUCCUGACCAUUUGACCUCUGGAGAAGGUUUCGAUUCCUUUAGCAGUUUGGUAAAGAGUGGUACUUACAAAGAGACAGAGUUUAUGGUGAAGGAAGGAGAGAGAAAACAGAAUUUUGAUAAGAAAAGAAAAGCAAAAACUAAUAAGAAGAUGGAUCACAUAAAGAAGAGAAAAACAGAGAAUGCUUAUAACACAAUCAUAAAUGGGGAAGCUAAUGUCACCAGUUCCCAACCCCUAAGCAGUAUUUUACCAACUUCAGAUGUGUCACAACAUAACAUUCUCACGAGUCACAGCAAAACCAGACAAGAAAAGAGAACUGAGAUGGAAUACUAUACCCAUGAGAAGCAAGAGAAAGGCACAUUGAAUUCAAAUGCAGCUUAUGAACAAAGUCAUUUCUUCAAUAAAAAUUAUACCGAAGAUAUUUUCCCAGUGACACCACCGGAGUUAGAAGAAACCAUUCGAGAUGAAAAAAUAAGAAGACUUAAGCAGGUGCUGAGAGAGAAAGAAGCAGCUCUUGAAGAAAUGCGUAAGAAGAUGCACCAAAAAUAAAAUCUCCUGUAAAGACUUCAGUGAAAUAGCUGUUUUUUAAAAUAUACUUCAGCAUUAAUAAGUUAAUUGUAGACGUGUUCUGAAAGUGUCUUUGAAUAUGAAACUUGUUUUUUCAUCAGUUGAUUAUAGAACUUUAAGGAAUACAGAAAAGGUUGAUUCACAUAUGACUUGUGAAUAAUUUACAUGGGGUAUCUAUACCUUUGUCUUAGAUACCUUUUUUUGGAAGGAUAAAUUUUAUAUUUUUCUAUUAUUUUAACUAGAAUUCUCCAAGUUUGAAUAUUUGGGCAGGGUUUUUGUUAUUGUUUGUAUCUUUACCUAAAUUGCUCAGGCAUUAUUCCAGCAGUAGAUAGUGACUGUGUAUUACUGAAAUUUUACAAUCCAAGAGAGGAAAUCAGCUCCAAACUUAGCUUUUCCAGUGGAUUUGUAUAUGUACUUGCUUUAUCUCUUUACCCUUAAAAUGAUGAUACCUUGUAUUCACCAUUGUUAUUUUUAAUGUCGUGAAAUAAUAUGUAUUAUGGCAACAUUAUUUAAACAUUCAAACAUUUCUCAAGAAUGAACAACAUUUGUAACUUUACAAUGUAAUUUUAUAUAAUCCAAAGUGUAUUUUAGAAUUCAGGCCAUUUGAUGUUUUGUUUGCUUAUAGUGAUGUGUUCCCAGGCAAAUGCUGCUUUUUUUUUUUUUUGGACUAUGUACAUAUGUUACUGAGAUUGUGUAAAAAGUAGAUCCUGAACAGUUAUCACAUUUAAUAUUUCUUAAACUGUAAAAGUGUA